AGUCCCCGAGUGCGUUGCGAUGUCCGUUGGCUGUCUGUUCUUGUUUCUCGCACGGGUCACAUUAUUGUUGUAGCUACUUCUGGCUGCUCUGUGCUCCUCAUUUCUAUGGGAUUAAAUUUUCCACCUGUCCUUUGGCAUGGACAAUGCAAAUUACCUAUCUGACGCAGGCUUUACUGAGCCGCAGCUGGCCAAACAGAAGCUGCAUAGCAAAAGGGCAUUUGAAUUGAUUGGACGGGCAUUGAAGCUUGAUGAAGAAAAUAAGACUGGCAACCGCGCGGAGGCGGUGCAGCUGUACCGUCUGGGUAUCGCGGAGCUGGAGCGGGGCAUCGCGGUGGACUGCUCGGGUCGCGGCGAGGACCGCCGUCGCGCCCAGCGCCUCCAGGCCAAGAUGCAGACCAACCUAGCCGUGGCUUCCGACCGGCUGGGCUUCCUCGAGCGUCACCUGUCGAGCACCGACGGGCCCACCUCGACGUCCGGCCUCAAGGGCGUCGACCCCAAGCUGGCCCAGGUCAUCCUGGACGAGAUCAUCGACGCCGGCCCGGUGGUGACGCUCGACGACAUGGCCGGCAACGAGUCGGCGAAGCGGGCGCUGCACGAGCUGGUGAUCCUGCCAUCGGUGCGGCCCGAGCUGUUCACCGGUCUGCGCGCGCCGGCCCGCGGGCUGCUGCUGUUCGGACCGCCAGGCAACGGGAAGACGAUGCUGGCCCGGGCGCUGGCCAACGAGGCGUCCGUCACCUUCUUCUCCAUCAGCGCCUCCAGCCUGACCAGCAAGUGGCAUGGCGAGGGCGAGAAGCUGGUGCGGGCGCUGUUCGCCAUCGCCAAGCAGCUGCAGCCGUCCAUCAUCUUCAUGGACGAGGUGGACUCACUGCUGUCCGAGCGGCGGGAGGGCGAGCACGACGCUUCGCGCCGGCUCAAGACGGAGUUCCUCUGCCAGUUUGACGGGCUGGCCACCUCUCCUGACGAGAAGAUACUCGUGCUGGCCGCCACAAACAGGCCGCAGGAGCUGGACACGGCCGUGCUGCGCCGCUUCCCCAAGCGGAUCUACAUCCCGCUGCCGGACGAGGCGGCGCGCGUGGCGCUGCUGGGCCGGCUGCUGUCGGCGCACGGCCAGCCGCUGUCGGCGCGCCAGCUGCAGACGCUGGGCCGGCAGACGGAGGGCUAUUCGGCCAGCGACAUCGCCGCGCUGGCUCGCGACGCCGCGCUCGGCCCCAUCAGAGAGAUGGACCAGGAGGAGGUGAAGCGAAUCGACCCCAAAAAGCUGCGCCACAUCAGCCUCGACGACUUCACCGACUCACUGCGGCGGAUCAGACGCUCGGUGGACGAGCAGGCGCUGGCGCAGUACGUCAAGUUUGGGCGAGAGUUCGGCGAGCUGCGGUCGUGAUGCGCCGCCGCGGCGGCGGCGGCGGCGGCCGAGGCGGCGCUCCAGAGACGCGGGCGGCCGGGGGACGAGGAUGGUGCCUGCCGGUGCCCGCUGCCGUGUCGGCGGGGGACGCUUGUCUGUCCCGCCCGGGCUCCGCUGUCUGACCGGUCACCCACCGUGUGUCUGUCCUGUCUCCGUGUGCUCGGUCUGCAGCUGCUGUGACGUGCUGGCCGCUCGUCGUUCCUGUGGAGCUGGCCUCAGUCUGCAGCUGCUGUGGCGUGCUGGCCGCUCCUCGCUCCUCUGGGACCGCCCUGGGUCUGCAGCUGCUGUGGCCUGCUGGCCGCUCCUCGCUCCGCUGGGACCGCCCUGGGUCUGCAGCUGCUGUGACCUGCUGGCCGCUCCUCGCUCCGCUGGGACCGCCCGUCU